AUGGCCUCUCCGGCAGCGUUAAUCGAGUCCACGUUAGGAUACCAAUUCAUCGGCUUCGCUAUGGCCACGAGCUGCUAUGGUAUCACAAUGAUUCAAGGGUAUAUUUACUACUGCAAUUAUAAGGAAGAUCGCCCUGGCUUGAAAGCCUUUGUAUAUUUCAUCUGCGCUUUGGAUACACUGUGCUCAGCCCUCGUGUCUCAUGCUUUGUAUGUGGUUUUGAUCAUGGAUUGGGGCAAUGUCAUUGCCCUAGAGAGGUUUCCAUGGAGUUUUGCUCUGGAGAAUGGCGUUACAGUUUUUAUAACCUUCCUGGUGCAAUGGUCAGUCUGGUCUUAUGGUACCCUCGCCAUGCAAUCAACCUCUAGCCUUGUGCAGCUUCUUCGCUGUGAGAUUACAGUUGUGUUCGUGUUUAAUGUGCCCCGUGAUGCCGCUCCUAACGAGACGCUUUCUUUCGCAGUGCGUAAGAAAUUGGCGCUUGCAUCUGCUGCUGUAGCCUUCACUGGACUUGUGGCUUUUGGAGCCGGAAUAGCCCUGACCUGCCAACUGUUCAUAACCAAGUUUUAUGACAAGGCAGUGCAAGGCCGAUUUUUCUUGAUAGCAUGUGGUUUGGAUCAGGGAGCCGCAGCAUUGUGUGACAUCAUCGUCACUGUGUCUUUUACUUGGGGCCUUCUCUCUGAACGAAUGCACGGUGCGAAACAGACACGCAGCGUUAUUGAACGCCUGAUUUCAUAUACGGUGACUCGUGGUAUCUUGACUACGAUCAUCCAGGUACUUAUGGUGGUCGUAUUCUGUUCCCUGCCGACGAAAGACGUGUGGAUGCUCGCGCAUCUGAUCUUGAGCAAGGUUUAUAUCAACACCAUGCUUGCAAUCUUAAAUGGUCGUCGUGAUUUGCGCGAAGUCAUAGACAAGACAGUGGUGCUCAGGACCAUCGACUUUCGCCACGGAAACACCAGCGUGAAUACCUCUGCCGCCAUAGAUGAAUCGUUCUCGAGAGCAGACUCGAACAAUCUCCCUGCCUCGCCAGAGUAUGCGCGCUACGCAUCGAAGUUUCCGUCUACAUCAGCGCCUCUUGAGUUUCUCCUCGCGCCGCCUGGUCCCAAAAGGACUGAAGUCCUUCUCAUCAGUCCUCGUUCAUCUUAUAUUCGUUCUUUGAUUCUUGCCCAAGCAAUGGAAGAACAGGCCGUCCGCAUUACUGCUCUUUACUCUACCGUGCUGGAAGAUCCAAGAUCGCGAGGCCUCACAGAAGUCGUACUACACGCCCAGAACUUCGGUGCUUGA